GUCCCGAUUGAAAGGUUGCUCUAUGAUUCCUGUGUCCCAGUGACCCUUGUUCCUUUAUUCACUAUUCCCAGGCCCCCAUCUCUCCUGUUGCAGUUGGAGCCUGGAAGGUUGUGCCCAUGUCCAGUGGACUAUUGUCUUAGUUGCAGGUUUGUCACUCAUUCUGAGUGAGCUUGACCCAGAUGUUUCCAGUAUUGGCCAGGAGAAGUUUAGAAUUUAUUUUAACCCAGUGUGAUCCCAAGGUCAAGGCCUCCAGGGGAGCAUGAUUAAAGGCUGCUUUUGGCUCAGCGAUGUGUAUGGUGUGGCAUCCACACUUUCCUGCUUCUUCAAGGGCUAGGGCUUUGGGGAGGAGAAGACUGAGCUAUUAGGAGCUGGGGGGUAGGAAGAGACUCGGGGACUCAGCAAAACAAGGUCCCCCAGUUAAUAGGUGAUGGAGUUUGCUACAGAGCUGGGCAAAGGUGAACGUGGUCCACUGUGUGUGUACAUUCCCUCAUCCUUCCGUUUUGCUUCACUGCCACACCAGCCCCUCCCUAAAGUAGGCAGCUGACACCACUCCGUUCUAACCCCUUCCAGUGGACACCCUCGACCCUGGACCAGAGCGCAAGGAUAGGACUGCUGGUCAGUGGCAGCAUGAGAAAACCAAUCCGCCAGCCUAGCCUGCUCCCUUCUCUGGCUCCACAGCUGGCUCCCCAAAGCCCCUCACUCCAGGCCUGGGAUUCCCUCAGUGGAACCCCUUCCUGGGGCUUCAGCUGGCUCUUGGCCUUCCAGCACGUUCUGGUCCUGGCCUCUCUGCUGUGUGUCUCCCACCUGCUCUUGCUUUGUAGUCUUCCACCAGGAGGACUUUCCUAUCCCCUUGGCCAGCUUCUGGCUUCCAGUCUCUUCUCUUGUGGUUUGUCUACUGCCAUGCAGUCCUGGAUGGGCAGCAGGCUGCCUCUGGUCCAGGCUCCAUCCUUUGAGUUUCUCAUUCCUGCUCUGGUGUUGACCAGCCAGAAGCCACACCAAGCUACCUGGGCACCUGGAAACAAUUCCCGCGCACUGAGUCCAUGUGUGGGACCAGACUGCCCUCCCAUAGGAAGCUGGGAUGAGGCUCUCAGAGAGGCAUCAGGUGCUGUGCUGAUAUCUGGGCUGCUUCAGGGAACACUAGGGUUGUUGGGAGGGCCUGGUCGAUUGUUCCUUCAUUUCGGGCCCCUGGUCCUUGCUCCCAGUCUGGCUGUGGUAGGGCUUUCUGCUCACAAGGAAGUUGCACUGUUCUGUUCUGCAAACUGGGGCCUUGCAGUGCUGCCUAUCCUACUCAUGGUUGUAUGUUCUCAGCAUUUGGGAUCCUGCCUGCUGCCCUUGUGUCCACUGAGGACUCCUGUCCCUCCAACUCACAGCUACGUCCCUGUCUUCCGCCUCUUCUCGGUGCUGCUCCCUGUGGUUUGUGUUUGGAUCCUCUCUGCUUUAUUAGGCUUUAGUUUCAUUCCCCAGGAGCUGUCUGCCCCUAACAUCCCCCCAUGGCUGUGGCUGCCUCACCCAGGUGGAUGGGGUUGGCCCAAGUUGACCCUCCAGGGCUUGGCUGCAGGCACUACCAUGGCAUUGGCAUCUUCUACCAGUUCCUUGUGCUGUUACGCAUUGUGUGGCCGGCUGCUGCAGCUGACUCCUCCUCCUUCCCAUGCCUGCAGUCGAGGCCUGGGCUUUGAGGGCCUGGGCAGCCUGCUGGCUGGUCUACUAGGGAGCCCUUUGGGGACUGCCUCCAGCUUCCCCAAUGUAGCCACCACAAACCUCACCCAGGCUGGGUCUCAUAGAGUGGCAAGGCUAGUCAGCCUACUGUGUAUUGGGUUGGGUCUCUCUCCAUGGCUGGCACAGGCCCUCAUCACCAUCCCACUGCCAGUUCAUGGCGCUGUGCUGGGGGUGAGCCAGGCAGUCAUCUUAUCUACUGGCUUUUCCUACUUCUACUCUGCGGAUAUUGAUUCUGGACGUAAUGUCUUCAUUGUUGGUUUUGCUAUCUUCAUGGCCCUGCUGCUACCCCGUUGGCUUCAGGAUGCUCCCAUUCUCAACACAGGUUCGGGUCCCGUGGACGUGCUGCUCGGCUCCUUUCUGGCGGAGCCCGUGCUUCUGGCCGGCCUCUUGAGCUUCCUCCUGGAGAACACCAUCCCAGGAACUCGGUUAGAGCGGGGCCUGCCGUCUCAGAAAGAAGCUCAGACCUCCCCCAAGCCCAGGAAGGAGGCUUCGCCAUAUGACCUGCCCACCCCCCUCCAAAGGCUCCACUCCUUUCUGCCCUCCCCUCUCCGAUGCCUCUGCCCCCUGCCCGAGGAUCCCGGGGACGAGGAGCGAGGCCGUUCGGAGCCCAGAGAAACCACGGACCUGUUGCCCAGUCCCGAGGACCCGAGCCCCCCUCCUAUGACCAGGGCUGAUUGACGCCCCCUCACCUGGCCAGGGCUGCAGUUGCCAUUAGCCAGAGAGAAACCGUCCCCACCCCAGCUUCUCCUUCCACCAUCCCCCCCAGCUCCCCUGGGGCGGAUGAGAGGGUGGUGGGUGAAGAGGGUUUCGUGGUGUGUGUCCCCCACUCCUCCCCCCCCGUGACGUAUAAA